UUAAACCUUUGCGGUUUCUGUCCAGGCUUCUUAGCUCAGUGGGAACAAAUUAGGCAGAAUUACAACUUUAUAUAAAGAAGAUAUAAAUUACUAAAAAAUGUCACCUAAGAUCUCGAAGAUUUUAUGUUUAAAAUAGCGAAGGAAAAGUGAUAUUGUAAUGUGAUACUUCUAGUCGGUUUUCUGGAAACAUAGACCGGAUUUUUGCGGUAAGUGUGAUUACGUAAUUACAGCAGAAUGACAAUAAAUACGAAUUGAUCGGAAGUUCAACAUCAAAAUAGUGUUUAUUUAAAAUAUUCAGCAUCAUUGAUGGAGGGAGUAUUUUAAAUUAUGUUAUGUAUCGUUGCGGUGGUUUUUCUAGUUUUAAAUCUUGCCAUUAGUUAUAGCGUUCCAGGAGGUCAUCUUCAUUGUCAAUUGACCAGUAACUAUGGAAAUGGAUCAAAUGUGACCGAAGUUGACGUUCACAAAUCACUCUUUUUAACUUGCUCUUCAUCUCAAACGAACAGAAGUAAUCUUACCUUUGAGUGGUUCAAGAAUGAUAACAACAAAGUCCUCCACAGAGGAUCUAUUUUAAAUAUAUCCAAUGUUUCAUCGAGUCAUGCUGGAAAAUGGAAAUGUGUCAUUACACAAGAUGAAAUCAGAGGAGUCGUGUUACAUCAUUGUUGCAGUGAAAACAUUACCAAUUGUGUAUUUAAGUCAAUUUGACAAUUUGAAAGGAAUAUUGAGUUUGCAGUGCUUCAUAAAAGGUUAUUUCAAACCAGACAAGGUCGUUUGGUACAAAGAUGACGAACAGAUCCUUCAAAAUGACACUAGAUACGUUGUUAGAACUGAACAAACGAAUGAUUUUAUUAUUACGUCUUCGUUGUCAAAUGAUCAUCCAAGUCUUGAUGACGCUGGGAAUUAUUCGUGUCAAGCAAGCAAUAAAUAUGGAACUGGGAGAACAUCCAGUUAUUUAUCAAAAGACCAACUAAUUUAUGGUCUUCUGCAUCGUGAUUGCCCAGAAUUUACAAAUAAAACGGAGGUAUAUUUGACAAUAUAUGUUGGCUCUUCUGCGUCAUUAUUUUGUGAACUGAAGAAUAACCCAUAUGCCUCACCUGACCAGCUGGUUCUGCUCAAAAUGGUCAUUCGAGGCAAUAAGACGACGCUUUAUGACAUUGGCGGAGAUGGCAAACACGUGUAUAAAAAACAAGAACAACGACAUGGCACAAUGCUGAUCAAUUACACCAUUGUAGAUGCUGUCAGGAAUGAUAGUGGCCGAUAUGUUUGCAAAUUCUUGCAUAUUUCAAGAUAUUAUUGUCCCAAUGAUUUGGAAAGAAGGUAUAAUGUGAAAGUGGUUGCCUUUCCUGUGAAGAAAGGGACAAAAAAGGAGCUGAAUUUACUCAUGGUGAUAGCAGUUAGUGUUUCAGGAUCCCUCUGUGGUUUUGCAUUAGUUCUUUACGUUUGUUAUUUGCGAAGAAAAAUGAAGGCUAAAAUUUACGAAAAUUGUCCAGACUGUUUACCAGAGCUACGUUGGGACGUGUUUGUAUCUUACAGCAGUCAUGACUUUGGAUGGGUCGAUAAUCUUUGUCAAAUGUUGGAACAACCGCCUUUUAAUCUAACUGUUUGUCUCCAUCAGAGAGAUUGGGAGCUAGGCCGUAGUCUGGUUGAUAAUAUGAUCGACUCAGUUUAUUGUAGUCACAAAACUUUGAUAAUUGUAUCUAAACACUACGUUCAAAGUGAAUAUUGUAUGCAGGAACUACAGAUAGCAAUGCAUAGCGAGAUUGCCUCGGAACUUGUAAGAAGAGAGAGGAUCGUUCUCAUUAAGAUCGAUGAUGUAUCGAUUCAACGCUUACCAAGGGCUUUAAGACAAAAAUCAUAUCUUGAUUGCUCAAAUUCUGAACAUGCGAGACAUUUUAAGACCAAUUUACUGCGAAUCUUACCCAGACGGCAGGCCCUCGAGGAUGAACCUGGACCAUCAAGCGAACAACCACGUUCAGAUGCCGGAAAUACCAACGAAACCGGUGAUGAAAUAAGAUUACAACAAUUGGAGAUUGGUUGAGAAAAAGGGAAAAAAUCAACGGGGGAAAGGGGAAAAAACAGUUAUAGUCCAUCUCAUUUGAAUGCUGGCUGACGAUAUAUAUUUAAAUUAAUUUCAGAGGAAUAAAAUAAUCCUAGGAACUAUAGUAUAUGGACAAACCUUAGUGUCUGGUGAAUUUUAAAAUCCGAAGAAUCUACUUAAUGUACCAUUAAAACCCGCGCAGUGACAUUACACACUUGUGGUCACUUUCAACUGGUUUGCAAGGAGUGAAGGUUUUCUGUAAACUAUCCACGUUUUAGACAAAUCAUGCACUUGUAAUUAGAAAUAAUACACAUUAAACUGUAUUGGUAUUUGGCCAAGGGCGAGUCCUAAUAAUACCGUCAUUUGGGUGUGGUUAACCACUUGCAAACCAGGCCAGGGGGGGCGUUCAGGUGCCCUAAUGGAGUGGAGGACUAGACUCCAGAGUCCAGUCACUG